UCGAGGCCCUGGCCAUCCGCGAAGACCCAAAGCGCGGUGUCUAUGUGGAUGGGCUGUCUGAAUGGGUUGUCCGCCAGCCCUCAGAAGUUUACGCGCUAAUGGAUCGCGCCAACCGCGUCCGUGCGACGGGCGCAACGAAAAUGAACGACUUUUCCUCGCGGUCACAUGCUGUCUUCAUGGUCAUCGUUGAGCACUCCGAGACUGUUUAUGUGGACGAAGAUGGCAGGGAAAUGGCCCCCGACGAGUUUGCUCGAGCAAUGCGAUCAGCAGGUCUCAAGCGGGAGCAGGCCCUCGCACGCCUCGAGAAUCGUGUUAAGCAGACAUUUCGGGUCGGCAAGCUAAAUCUGGUAGAUCUCGCUGGCAGUGAACGCGUCCGCGUGAGCGGCGCAACAGGCCAACGCCUGGAGGAAUCGAAGAAGAUUAACGCUUCCCUCUCUGCACUUGGAAACGUUAUUGCCGCUCUAUGCGAAUCACAAAAAGGUGGCAUGCGCAAGCAUGUGCCAUACCGCGACUCGAAGCUCACCCGCCUCCUAGAAGACUCCCUUGGGGGGAACUGUCGCACGACCAUGCUCGCGACCAUAUCGCCAGCGGCCGAGGCAUCCUCAGAAACAUUAUCGACACUCAAGUUCGCAACUCGCGCCAAACGAGUUACCAAUGCUCCGCGCCUAAAUGAAGAUCUUGAUCAAGCCUCUCUUCUUCGAAAGUACGAGCGCGAGCUUCGUCGCCUUCGGGCCGAACUUGAGGAACGAAAUCGGAAUGUUGUCGACCAACGUCGGCUGUUGGAGCUCGAAGAGCGCCGUCGGCGCGCGGAGGAAGAUAAGAUGGCGGCUAUACGCGCCCUUGAGGCACGGUCAAAGGAAUUCAUGCGCGAGAAGGAGCAGAAGCGUGGGCUUGAGGAGCAGAUUAUGAAGCUCACAUCUCAGAUGAUAAGUACUGAAAGGCCAACCGGUGAGGAUGUCGGCGAUGGCGAUGUCCGGCGCUCGAUCACCGUUAAGAGUCAAGGGCGGACAAAUACAGCCUCGGAGAUUGAUGACCGCCUUGCGGACCUGGAGCGCGAGCGUGAAUGUAUCGAGCACGACAAGGCUCAGGUCGAGAGGUAUAAACAACUCCUUCUUAAGCAGCGUGACAUAAUGAUUGCGCUCACACAACGCCUCAACGAGCGUGAUGAGCAGAUCAUGGCGCUUCAAGAUGAGCUUGAUGCAUACGACAAGAAUCAAGCUGCGCUUGAAAAUAAACUCGAUGAAAAGACCGCGCUGUGUAUCCAUCUUCAGCGUGUUUCCCUGGAGGGGUCCUCUCAAGACCUCAGAUCGGCGGACACCGCCAGUGUCACGAUUGAGCUUCGGCGCGAGUUAGAGGCCGUUCACUUGGAAAAACAUGCCCUUGAAAGACGACGGGAAAAGCCCCUACACGAAAGCGGGACCUCGAAGGUCAAUAAACACACUGCUGGCGGAGACAUGUCGCAGCGGCAGGGAGAUAACAACAGCACACGAGUGUGUGAGCUCUCCAAUCUCCUCGAAUUUAGAGACAAGGAACGCAAGGCCGUACAGACUAUCUUUGAAAAAAAGAUUGCGGUCCUCAUUGAUAGCAUUGCAACCACAAUAGACGUGAUUCCCAAUAGCGCGCCGAAGGCUGCUGCCUUGAAGGACUUGAAUGCGCUCAUGCGACUCGUACGAGCCUCUGUGGAUGCUCUCAAGCAAGCAGACUCCUAUUCAACUCCACUGCAGAAAUAAAAAGUCUUGAGAAGCAGCAGAGGCUAUUGUUGUGCAAGUCUUCUUCAGAUUCCACACAGGCUACAGCCCCUGAAUCAGCCCAAUGGAGCGGCUUGCCAGACCACACGAUCCCACAGUUGCAACUAGACCUGGGACAUUAACUUGAAAUCACCGGCGGCAUUGGCUGUGAGCUUGUUUGAGCUUGAGAGCUAGCGAACGAAUUGGUUCUCAGCGCAGGUUUGGGAUUGGUGUUCUGAAAUCGACAAUCAGAGCUCGGCGGACAAGUAUAAAAGGGGUUUAAGGUAAAUCAAUGACAAGCUGCCUUCUACGGCUACAACACGAAUGUCGAACGUGGGAAAUUCGACUCAUUGCGGCCUGAAGUGGCCCUAGGUGAGGGUGCUCUGCUCUCGGGGCGGAAUCAGGCCAGCCAUCCGGUCGCGAGAUCCCCCUCGAUGACUCGCGAAACUUUGCUGGGGCCUUCCUUAGCUCCAUCCGCCUGAGUUUGCCCACAGGGGGAGCACGGCCGCGUAGCGGUGGACGCGAGAAAUCCAACUGGACUUAGUUCGCGACUAGGCGCCUGUAGGCGCCACCCGGGCCUGGGGAACCCAACGAAGAUGAGUUCGCGGCUUGGCCCGCCUCUUAGUCGCCCUUAAGUACCCCGCGCCUGGCGCAGGCCUGGGAAACCC